AUGCCUCCUAGGAACGUCACUUCGGUGGCGCCAGCCAACAGAAAUUCGUCGACUUCUUACGUCUCUGGCAUUGACUUCGGCAACGAGCAAAAGGUUUCUCAGGACAUCAAGGUCGCUGAUACCGAGCAAAAUGAUGGCGAGGAGUCAGGUCCCGGACAGCUGAAGCGCCGCCUCAAGAGCAGACACUUGCAAAUGAUCGCUAUUGGUGGAACUAUUGGAACUGGUCUCUUCAUCUCGAGUGGUACUGCCCUCGCGGAAUCCGGCCCCGCCGGUGCGCUGAUCGCAUAUAUCUUCAUUGGUACAGUCGUCUUCUCUGUCAUGGUCUCCCUCGGUGAGGUCGCAACCUUUAUCCCCAUUACCGGUGCCUUCACAUCCUACGCUGCCCGAUUGAUCGACCCCAGUCUUGGCUUCUCCAUGGGCUGGAUCUAUUGGUUCAACUGGGCCUCCACAUUCGCUGUCGAACUUACAGCCACCGGAACGAUCAUACAAUAUUGGCGAGAAGACCUGAACAUUGCGAUCUUCAUUGGAGUCUUCUGGGUCUUGAUCACGGCUUUGAACUUCAUGCCAGUAGGAUUUUAUGGCGAAGUUGAGUUUUGGUUCUCUACGAUCAAGGUUGUGACGGUCAUCGGCUUCAUGAUCUUUGCGAUUUGCGUUGAUUGUGGCGUCGGAAAACAAGGUUACUUGGGCUUCCACUACUGGAAAGAACCCGGUGCUUUUGCGACUCAUCUUGUUGACAACCCGCCGUCCCUGGGCAAGUUCGUCGGUUUCUGGGCCGUGCUCAUUCAAGCCGGUUUCUCUUACCAGGGAACUGAGCUGGUCGGUAUCGCCGCUGGAGAGACCGAGAAUCCCCAGAAAACCGUGCCCUCGGCCAUUCGCAAGACCUUUGUCCGCAUUGGUCUUUUCUUCGUUUUGACCAUCUUCUUUAUUGGCUUGGUUGUGCCCUACACCAAUGACCGGCUCGCAACAGCCCAAACUAACGGCUCUUCCUCGCCUAUGGUUAUCGCGGCUGACCUCGCCGGUAUUGCUGUGCUACCAAGUCUGAUUAAUGCCGUUCUUUUGACUGUUGUUUUGUCGGCAGCCAACUCCAAUGUGUACAGUGGUAGCCGCGUUUUGACUGGCUUGGCUAUCGAGGGAUUUGCGCCCAAAUUUUUCGCCCGCGUUACCAAGAAGGGUGUCCCCUACGUUAGUGUUGCAUUCACCGCUGCGUUUGGUCUCCUUGCUUUCAUGAAUGUGUCCAACGACGCAGGAACAGUCUUCAACUGGCUCGUCAACCUCUCCAGUGUUGCUGGAUUCAUCACCUGGUCAUGCAUCAACGCAUGCCACAUUGCCUUCAUGCGCGCACUUAAAACCCGGGGAAUCUCACGCGACGAUCUUCCCUAUAAGGCGGUUGGCCAGCCGUGGCUGGCUUGGUAUGGUCUGUUUUUCAAUAUUCUGAUUGCCAUCACCAACGGAUUCGCCUCAUUCAUCGGUGGCUUCAAUGUCUCUGAUUUCUUCAUCGCCUAUAUCUGUGUGAUCAUCUUUGUUGUGCUUUAUGUCGGACACAAAGUGUGGACACGCUCAGCUUUCAUCUCCCCUGCCGAAGCUGAUCUUGACACUGGCCGAAUCGAGUUUCAGAAGGAGAUCGAGGUACCUCAGCCCUGGUACUGGAGUCUAUGGGGUUGGAUCACCAAAUAA